AUGAUUCUCUCUAACGUUGCCUUGGUGCGGUGGUCUCCCAUCAUCCCUGAAUUGCCGCGGUUGAUCCGUGAGGUUUCACUCAAGUAUGUGGCUGCCUACAUGGGUGGAAACCUUCUUGUUCUUAUUAUUCUAUAUUUUGCCUAUGUCGAGCGGCAAACUCCGCGGGAUGUGUCAGUAGGACAACACGGGAAGAAAUCAGUACGAAACGACAAGAAGAGUGGAGAAAAGAGCGAAACCUUGGAGGAGUUUGUUCGGCGUCGGGAUCGAAUGAAUCGGCUUGACUUGGCAGUCUCAGGGGUAAUUGUGGGAAAUUUGUUCCUACUGGUUUUCCUGGGUGUGGUGCCACUGGAGCUAUUCGUGCAGUCCUUUCGUCAGGUGAUCUCGUUUCUUCGGUAG